AUGGCCAGCAUCCUGAACAAAGAUCCGGCCAACUACGCGAAGGAAAAGGCCAGCUUCCUCAGGGAUCUCCAGCAUUUCCACGAUACCAGAGGGUAAGCGAAAACCCCAGUACUUUUUAUCACCAAGUAGGGUUUUUUCGGGCGAGCUGGUGGAACCCGGAGGACAAUGGUGUUGGCGGGAUACCUUCAGUUGUUACAUGCCCGGUCAUACCGAGUUCGAUUCAUAGUUUCUCGGUUCUCUUCACUCCCCCCCACCACGAUUUGUAUCGCCUUUCCCAAUACCCGUUGCACAUCUGUCACUCCCGAGUCUUUCCCUCCAAAACCCUGGUCGAAUCCUCGGCCGACCUACCGCGGUCGACCCUCGCAUACAGUCGCCGCUCGAGUGACGGCGGUGCUUUUUAAUCGUCGUCCACGCGCGCGACGUUCGGCGUCCCCGUCCGUCAUGUGACCCUUGACGUGUCCCCGCGUCGGGACGGAACUCGUCGGUAGGAUUCCGCGACGUUCCGUUCGCCGCUGUACCACCAAUUGUUCCAUUGGCGAACUCGUGCGGUUUUCUUAUUUUAUUUUAUUUUAUUUCAUUUUAACGGCGAAGUUAAGUGGAACGAACGGUGGUGCGGAGGUUGUGUAAUUAAUAAUAUCCGUGAUAACAAUCGAGACAUAUUGCCCGUCCGACAGACGGGACGUCCAAAGCUGUCGUUGUAACGAUUACCCAUCCGAUUGCGAUAAAACAAUAUUGUUUCCGACUCCAGUCGACCGCGGGGAUCGGGAGGACUCCGGAUGGUCGAGCCCUAUUUGGGGCCCCUGUCUCGUCCGGUCUCCAUAUCCGACGCGAACGUCCGCGCGCGUAUUAUUGUUUCGGGGUCGUGUGCGUUAAGUAUACCGAACAACAAUAAUGCGUUUGCCCCCCCGACGGCGGUCUCGUACUCGCAGAUUUCAAAAGUCUCCUCUCUCGGUUCCCAUCGAAUAUUGGCUGAUCCGUGUUCCGGCCACGACGACGACUCGUCAACUUGUUUCGUUUUUUUUUUUUUUGCCGCGCGCCCGCCCGGCCGCAGCGUGUUUUUAACUGUUAUUUUAUCGAUUAACUGGGCCCGAUCUAUAGUAAUUAUUUUAAUUACUUUGUAGUUUGCCCGUAUUCAGUCGUUAUUCGUAAGCGGCCACCGGGCGUCUAGCGUGUUGCUGCGUAGAACCGCGUACUCGUCUGUAGUAGAAAAAUAUUAAUUUAAAUCGAAAUUGUAAUUCUCCAUAAACGGAUUGUCGUCUCAAUAGUGCGUCGGGUAGAAGCCGACGAUUUGCAUUGAGUUUAGCGUACGCCACUGGACGCGCUUUGCAAUCUCGCACGUGCACCGCGCGCUGCACGUGCAUUCGGAACAAUUCAGUGCGUUUCUCGCCGCCGUGAACUUUCUAUGGACCGGGGCUUGCUUUUAUCAUCGCCGUGUAAAUAUGGUUAGUGGUUAAUUCGCAUUGCAUAUAGGUACGUCACCCCCGGAACGUUUUACCGCCGCCGGUGAACUGCACAGCCGGGUAGGCAGAACCGUGCAUAGUAAUACACGGUUCAGUACUAAUCUUUCGGAUAGGUACUGCGUGAAAUCCCCGUGCGGUUUCAAUUUUGUUUUAGAUUCGAAACGUAGCGAAUGGAAUGUAGAUCGGUUUCGCGUCGGUUUUUUUUCUUAAAAAAAAAAAUAAUAAUAAUAAUAAUAAUAAUUGUACAUACGGUGAGCGACUUUUCCACCCGAAAUCAUGCUCGCCGACAUAGGUGUAUCACCAAGCGACGCACUUUUUCCGAAAGGAAAUAUUAUCCAGUUGGCACUUCAGAGAGAUCGUUUUUGUUUUUUUGUUUUUUUUUUUUCUCUGAUUUUCCAAGCGGGGUUUUCAUUAGCGAUUGGGGAAAAAACGGAAAACACUGUACGUACACUUAUGACCGACGAAACUUCGCUCCAAACAAUGGUUUGUCGUUAAAUUCCCAUCUGUAUCCGAUAACCUACCCUACUUUUCACCUACAACAGUAGCCCACCCGCCGUGCCAUAUAUAUAUAUCCGUCGUUUUUUUUGGUUUCCAAAGGGGGAAACCAAUACGGGGGGAAUGCCGGUGUCCGAUCAGCGCGUACGGCCAUUUCAAUAUCUUGUUGACCUGACGAGAUAUUAUUGUCGUCAAACGAAUUCGACGCGUGGACGAUUCGUAUCCGACGAUAAAUGUGUAUUCUCCGUGUUUGAAGUUUCUGAAAUGUUUAAUUACCCAAUUGCGUAUCUACCCGACCCAACAAACAACAUUGGUACCUAACAGAACUACCGAAAUCGGUAAUAAUUGUAAACGUCGUGUGUAGUAGGCGGAGGGUUCGCGUAAUUUGUAACCGUAUGAAAAGAAAAUAAUAUGCCGUACGUUUCUGUCGGGAAUUAUUAUCAUUACCACAAUGGUUAUUAAAGACAUUUGCGUGUUAUUGUAUUUCCACGAGACUCUAAAAUAAUAUCGCGGUGGUAGUCCCGUUCGCAUAUCGAGAUUGCUCGUAAAUGAACAUGUCUGUUUUGUUCCAUUUCCAAAAGCGAUAAAUGAUGUCAGUGCCUAUCUAAUUUUUAUUUUUAGAACUCUAAAACAUUUAUUAUUGUCUUGUAUUAUACGUGUCGUGUUAUUGAUACAAUAAUAACGUUAUGAUGUCGUUACUCGGUGGUAAUUGAUUCAUUACAUAACCGUUUGUAUUAUUUCCCCGAGUACGGACUAUUUUCGUUUGUUAAUCCCGUGCCGGCGGAGAAUAAUGAAAACAUCAAACUCGUCAUUCACGUGUGAUGAUUGAUUGAGGCCGAGCGCCCUGCCCGGUACCGUUAUCUUCUCCUUUAUCCGAUAUGGAUUUAUUAACCUAUUUUAUCGUGGUAACAAUUAUUUAUUUGUAUAUUGUGUUUCUGUUGCAGGACACCGAGCCGCGCCUCGCCGAAAAUAGACGGAAAGGAGAUCGAUUUGUAUCUGCUUUAUGUAUUGGUCACCGCACAAGGCGGAUGGGUUAAGGUGAGCAGAAUUCAUUUUACGUCGAUAUCGUUGAAAAAAACAUCAGCAUAAUAUAAAACUGAACGGAACAUUCGCCUCGAUCGAUUAUUGUGAAGAAUAUGAUACGAGUACAGCCAUAAUAAUUUUGAGCCAUAACUAUUGGUAUUAUUAUAGCGGUCGGCGAUAAAUAAUCGUUAAAAAUUCGCCUCGAACCCGAGACCGGAAAAAUCCGUGCCUAAAAAAAGUAAUACUGUUAUUUAUUUAUUAAUUCGCUUUCACCGGACCUAUAUCUGCUCGAUUUGGAACGACGUAGUAAUCGUGCACGUUUUUUAUUUUCGUCCACCCAGUCCUUUUAUUCGGAACAACAAUAGUAUCGGAAACUCGCAAAAAUAAUAAUAAUAAUAAUAAUAAUAAUGAUAAUAAAAACGACGGCGCGAGAUUUAUAAUGCGUCUCGAACAAAACUUUAUAAACUAAACAAAGACCAAACUUGAAGAGUAAUAAUAAUCAUUUUGCGGUUUAGCCGCGUUUGUGUCGGAAUAAUAAUUAUUGUCGUCGCCCCCGGAGUGCAGUGGGGAAAUAUAAAAAAAAAAAAAAAAAAACCGAAAUCUGAUUAAAUUUCAAAUUUGUCAGGGCGGAUGACGGUCGCGACGGCGGUGACAAAAUAGGUAACGGCGAGUAGUGCUCUCCGCGUGCAGAUUAGUCAAUGAAAACUAACCGACUGUCUCCGCCUCACCGGGUGAAAAACACCAUGGUAUCGUUUGGGAAGCGACCGCGUGGCGCUCGGGCGACCGUUAGCAGUGGUAGAGUCGAUCGCUCGAUUCGCGCGAGGUGCCAGUGUAUACGUUGCGUACUACAAGUGCACGCAAACACGAUCGGUCGAUCUCUGCGAUCUAAAAGCAGUCGGCGGCGCAGCGCUUAUCACGCGACGCCGCCGCCCUACCAUGUACCACCGUACGUAGUUACGUGCAGGCCCGGCGUCACUAUCACUGUCGCCGGUGACUUACUGCUGCCGCCGCCGCCGCCGCCGCCGUCACCGCCCCCCCAUCCACCAUACCGAUCCACACUAGUCUCGGCGGCGCACGUGACCACCGCGACGCGGUCCUGACCUAGUGCACGGGCCGCGGAUUGUUUACAUUGCCGCGGUGCCAGGGGCCCCACUUCCGGUUCCCGAAUACCGCUCGACCGCCCACAUCGUCCACCCCUCCCACCGGGCGCUCGAUCACUCUCACUCUUUCUCCGCGAAUUCCGCGUAAUUGCCGGAAAAACAAACCCGUGGAACGCGUUCCCGACUGGCGAAAUAAAAACAUGUACAGCCGUAUUGCGAGCGAAAAUUAUUAUUAUUUAUCAGGGCAGUCCCGCGCCGCCGUGUAUUUCUGUUUUGUGUACAACGCCAUGUGUGCGGCCCGUACUCGUACCGUUCGCGCGUAUAUUAUUUAUAUAAUAUAAUAUGUAUACGAAUAUAUGUAUGUAUGUAAGCAUAGAAGAAAAAAAAAAAAAACAACUCAUUGUGUAACGUUCUACGGUUGUGAUGUUUAUUGCGUUCGUUGUGAUGACGGUCGGUGUAAUCGGCGGUGGUGCCCGCGCGCGUACGUCAGGCGGCAUCGUGGCGCUAUUGAACGGAUCCGGGGGCGCGCACGACGCGGCAACGUGGCACGCUUGGCCGUAGCUAGCGCGGCGGCUGUCAACGUUGGCGCGCCGUCGCCGUCCGUUCGCCUUUCCCCGUCCGCUCCCACCAACGCGCGGCCGGUCGCCACCGCAGUUCACUGAAAUCCAGCGGUGCGUGCGUCCGCGCGCGCGUCUCUUUUUCCCCUACUCGCGCACCUAUCUAACGAAAAUACUACACGCCGCCUCCGCCUCCGCCCGUAUCUCCGACGGUCGUCGAACCGCUUCCGGCCGGCCAUCGCCGUACCGUGUGGGCUCCCGUAACAACAACGACGCGCCGAAUACAUUAUUGUUAUUAUUAUUUCCGCGGCAUUUCUCGCGCGCACCGCGUUGUAAUAUUAUUAUUAUUAUUAUUAUUUUGUCGAUAUAACGGAAGUUUGGCGAACGUUAUUUUUUUUUUUUUCUCGUCCGUUUCUUUUUUCCUUACCCCCCCCAUGUUUGUUUACGCGUGUAUUUUUAUCCUGGGACGGUGUCAACACUGCUACCUUUCUCUCUCCGCGCGUUUUAUCGGCCGCCGCCGCCGCCGUCACCACCCCACGGGUCCGCUUUUCGACAAUAACUAUCGCGACGACGGCGAUGAUUAUAAUAAUAAUAAUAAUAAUAAAAAUAUUAUUGUUGUUCUUAUUAUCUCGUACUGUUGCCAGCGUUCCCGCCUCGUAGCGAAACGAUUAUGAUCGUUAUGAUUUUCACUUAUAUUGUACGCGUAAUAUUAUUUUGGUAAUAUUGUCGCGGGCCGCCGGACCGGGCAGAAUUGAUCCGAGCUAUCCGUUCCGGUUCGAUAUUUUACCGCGUACGCGAAAUAACAAUACAAGAGUCGUUCGGUCGGCGGCGCCUCUCCGUCGGCUCGUGAUUUUAAUUACUCUCGAGUAAUAAUUCCGCCGUCAUCCCGCGCGUGUAACAAUAUUAAUAAUAAUAUUCGUUUAUCGGAGGCGGUCACCGUAUGCAUAUUCGAGCGCGCAACUUUUUGGUCCGUGAAGAAAUAUUCCGGGUUUUUUUUUUUUUUUUUUUGGCACGUUCCAUUUAAACAGAACACGCACCGCUUUUUUAAUGACAUCUGGUGGUUUUUCAACGUUAUCCGGACGUGCGUUUGCGCACACCGUCGGUGUUGUGAUAGUAUCCGUUUUCGUUUACAAUGUUAUAUGGUUUGUUUUUUUUUUUUUCUGUUUCCUUUAAAACCAAUUAUCGUUUACGGCCGAGUUGUGUUUGUCUUUAAUUGGUCGCCGUCGCCCUAAAAUCGAUAGCGAUAUUGCGUCUUGGUUUAUUUUUGUUAUUAGAAAAAUAUUGAUUGCAUUCGAUUUUUUUUUUUUUCUCACAACAUUAUCACCGGUAUUAUUAAAACCCACUAUCACAAUAUUAUGCGCGUAUUUUUAUUUAUUAAUUUUUUUUUUUUUUUGCCCUACAAUACUAUUUUUGAGCGCGUGGGUCGUCUGCGAACGGCAUAAUGUUCGUGAUUUUACGCUCAAUUCGUUCGCAAAGAGAAAUCCCGAACCUCCGGUAGCGUACCCGCAAUACCCGCGGAUCGCGUUGUUUUCCUAUAGACGGCAAUGGUCGUUUUUUAAACUCGAGAGAAUCUGUUGAGUAAACAAUGUCUCUACGAGAAUCGCGCACGGGCGUCUAAACCAACCGACCAUACGUGGCGUACUCCCUGGCGAGAUGUUAUGCGUCUUCUAGAAAUUAAAUAAUUAAAUAUUUAAUUUUAGAAACGAGUUAGGGGUGAGUGAUGGUGGAAGUCGCCGAAAUCAAAAAGGAACCAUGUGCUAGGUCGGUGUUUCCCGGGUUUUUUGUUUUUGGUUUUUUUUUUUUUUGUCUUCGCGAAUUUUUUCGAUUUCGUUUACUGCGGCUGUUUAUAAACCGUGUGUCGGUGCGAGGGAAAUUAAUCUAGGAAAAAAGCGACACGGCGAAAACCGACGGGGUAAAAAAACGUCAAAUGCAUUCUACUUGAAAAAUCACAAACGUUAGUUUCAAGUCAAUAAUAAUAAGAAUAAUAUUAUACAUUAUUCUAAAAGUGUCGUGAACCAUACGCUUUGGUAAUGUAAAGUUUAUUUCAUAAACAAUAAGUGCAUAAAAGAUCGCGAACAAAGCGUGCUUUUUGAUUUUUGUACAUAUUUAAAAACAAAUAAUACUAUUACUAUUUAAAAAUAUUUAGCCGACCCCCCCCUCCCAUACACCAAAAAGAAAAAAAUCCAAGGCACACCUUUGGAACGAACUUUAGAUCGCCGUACGACGGAAGUUAUUUGAUCGGAGGUCAGCAGCCUGAAAUUAGCUGAUAAUAUUUGUAAUUUUUAAGUAAAAUAUACAUUUGACGUUUUUUUUCUUUUACCCUUGUCGGUUUUCACCGUAUCGUAUUUUACUUGACGUUUUUUUCCGAUUACCGAGGAAAAUAAUUCAAGUGACGACAAUAGCCAAAAUUUUUUUUCGGUCGGUCUUUCACGGGCCCCCGAUUUGAGAGUCUGCUGCGCCGCCAGUCCGUGCGAAUGACAACACAAUUUUUUUUUUUUGGCGUUUACGUCGUAGCAUUGUAGACGUGAGUCUUGCGUACAAUUGUAUCUGUUCAAUUAAAUUGCAUAAUCGUAAUGCAAUCUGCCGCACAUUUUAUUUCAUUGUAAAUUAUUGUAAUGAAACAUCAGUCCAGAUACGUUGUAUUUUACGGAUCAAGCGAAUCACAAUGAGUAUUAACAACAACACGCUUUACACGCAUAAUUAAUUGUUUUUUUUUUUUUUAAUCGCAUAUGGUCUGUGGUAUUAAUACACAUUUUGUGCUAUUCAUAUUUUUACGAACAAUAUCGACAAUUAUUAUUAUACGUAUUUACUAAUGUAAAUGUGUUCGGUUUGGCCGUAAUUAUUUAUUACCAAGUAAUAAAUAAUGAGUCUUAUUAGUUAUUGCUUUUCAUGUGCAGCACCAAAGUCGCACGUAAUUUUGCCCGCCUUAAUGAAAAAUUCCGUAUCCAUCUUUUCCGAAGUCUCGUAAUCGUGUCACCGCCUGUUGCGACAAGAAAAAGUCGUAUCAUCCACACUCCAUGGAUUGAUAAUAUUGCACGGACAGGGCUCGACGUUUAAUUUGCGAAGAACGAAGUUUUAUGGAGCGGCGCCGUAUAUUUACAACCCUUACGUUUGUCGGUAUUCAUUUGCCAUGGCAUUUCUGAUAGCAACCGCAUCUCAUCAUCAUUAGGAAUGUUUUAACGCGAUAAGUAAUUGUUUUGUGAUAAUUGGCGAAGAGAACUGUUCAUAGAUAUUGUACACCACUAGACAUCUAACACGAUGAUGUUAUUCAAACUCGGUCCCAUGACGCCGUCGGCCGUUUAAAGAGUGGCAAUUGUGUUUGUAAACAAAUUUUACAAUUUUUUUUCUACAUUAUUCGGCUUGCUGCCUUUGAACCGUGAUUUGUCGAUUUUAAUGCUUUUUGGAUUUCGGUUGCAUUUGAAAUAAAGGAAAAUUACAUUUUCUGAGUUUUAUCAUAAUCAAUUAAAACCUCGAUUUCAACGAUUCUUUUCAUGUGGCUGGCAAUUUGUGUUUGGAUAUUGUUAAUGUCUCUCGUAUCUGCUGUUUUUCCUGUCAUUUCAAUAACAAUAUGAUUCGAUUUUUAAUUCUUGUUUUUAUGUGUUCCAAAUCAAGUUAAUUGGACUUAACGUGCGCCGUCUAACAAAUGCACGAUAUAACAAAUUUUCGUUUAGCAAGGACAACUGUUUUUUGUUGGUUUAAUAUCAUAGUAAAUUGAUUUGUUAUUUAAUUUAACGGCGAGAAAAUUAUCUACACAAUUACGCCGGAUGUUUAUUUGAAUUUUCAAGCGAAAUACAUAAUAUAAGUAUUUUAAAAUUGUGGUAUUUCACAUGGGUACUCAUAUCUCACUUAAAAAUUAAAAUAUCGAAAAAAAAUCUAAUUAGUUUAUAUAGAUAAUAAUGUUUAAUUUUGAUAAUUGGAAAAUUCACUCUAAUAUCAAAACUAACAACACAGAGUUCUUGUUGAUGCCAAACGAAAAUCGUUGUUGACAGGCGCUUGUAAUAUGAAAAUUGCGCAUGCGGAUGUGUCAUGGCGUGAUCUUAACGUUCUUGGGGUAACGAUUUUAGACAUCCUAAAGUAGAAUAGGUACUGUAAUUAUUGUAUGCAAUUUAAAACUUUAUAAUUUGAUUAUAAAUUAUUAUUAUUUCUCAAAUAAUAUACCAGAUUUGUUUGAAAACUACAUAAUAUAUAAUGUUAAAACGAAAUAAAAUUUUUAAAAUAUUUGCGAAGAAAAUCCGGAAAAGAAUAUUUUGGUCAUGCAUAAUAGAUGUAAGAACUGAUGGGUGUAAAAAGUUAAGACAACCGCGAACUCACGGACCUGAUUUAACGUCCUAGUAUACAACUGGAGACAGUUGAACGAAAAGGUUGAAACAGAUCGAUGGGAAUUCGGUAGAAAAGGCAUUGUAUGGCAAGGGAUGCAGAAAUGGUGGAAACUGGAAUUUACAACGGAGAAAAGAAGUAGCAAAAAAUAGGAAGACAAAUAUUAUCGGGAGAGCUGGUUUUUAAAGCCCCCCUCCUUUUUCAUUAACCCUUUUGUAAAAUAAAAAAAAAUAUCUAAUCGAUAUUUUUAUAUUCAUAAAUAAUAUACUAUUUACUUUAUGUUUUCAAAAUCAAACUUAUUCAUACAAUUUUGGCACGGGUAUUUUCAUAAUAUAUUUUUUAGUACAGUUUAUUAUACAAUAAUUUAUUGUGAUGACUUUUUCGUGUUUGUAAGCGAUACGAGUGUACCAUAAUAUUGCUAUUGAAAACGUCCUAUACUGUGGGAUAAUUAACAAUCGGUAUGCAAUGGACUUAGUCAAAAAAUAGCAUAUCGAAAACUUUAAGUUUAUGUAAUUUUAAAAUAGUUUAUAAAUCGUUCGGUCAUUAUAUUAUUAUUUUUAGUGCACUUCGUAAUACCAAUACAUUAAACGCCUAUCACUUAUAAAUUUGAAGGGUGGAGGAACACCAUAGCAUUUGAAUAAGUAAGAUCACGUGUCGUUAAUCUUGUGUUUAACAAUAUAAUACCGAUAUUAUUUUGGUGUGACUAACGUGAAACGUCCGACUAUACAUAAAAAAAACAGAGUUUGUAAAAUUCCACGUUUUGUAUACGCUUAUCGAAUACAAAUAAUAUCUGUAGAAUAUUGAGUGACGCGCCUAGAAAUGUUCAAUGAGAUGGGAUGUAGUAAAAAAUUAUCAUUUAUUACGAAUGAAUCAUAAUAAUAUAUAAUCUUCUUCUGUAUCCGCGUUAAAUUGAAAUUGUAUCAUAUGUGCCAUAAUGUAGUUAAUAAUUUGUUAUUCUUAUUAUUUUGUUUCGCUGACACAAAAUCAUUAAUGUUAUUCAUUUUCUUUAAUUUUAAUUGUUUUCUGUUUCUGCCUUAUGAUUAAAUGGGAAUUUAAAAACGGAGGUCUAUAAAAGCCAAUUUUUAUCCAAUAAAUCAAGCUUUACUUUCCGAUAAAUAUGUAAGUACGAUUCAAACUUAAAUUGCUAAAUGGAUAUUCAUAAUAUUUUUGUAUUUUUAAACCUGCGGGAGAAGGUUUAAUCACCCCGGCUCACGUCACUGAUCAUAUUACCUCGUUGUUCUCUGUAUGCCGUUCAUCAAUUUCCGUUGGUUCAGUUGCCGAACACCAUAUUUCAUAUUCUAUAAUAUUAAGAGAUUAUGACAUUGUUAUAGCAGUAUAUUAGGUAUGUUAUAAUAAGUAACAAAUAUUUUAAUUAUUUACAUGCAUAGAUAACUCGAGAGCCUAGUAAGUCGUCUUUAUCUCACACUCGAAAAGUGAUUUUUUUAUUUAACAAACUAUUUAAAGUAUCAUAUGAAAUUGAUCGAACUACUUAAUAAAUAGUACAAGUACAUAAUCCAAGAAUUAUUAAUUGUACUCCGGUAAUUAAGAUAAUUUGUGUGUUUUAUAAUAUUCUUUACGUCGGUUAUUCCAUAUUGUUUAAUUCAUUAUAAACAAUUCGGUUUAAUUAAAGAAUCCCUGUAAAAUCCCUGUACUCUUGUAUGAUUCACCGAAAAGGUUGUCCGCAUAUAUUAUCCUAUGGCAGUAACAUAGCUGUGGAUUUAAGUAUUCUGGGUUAAAUUGUGUGUCCUAUAGCUACAGUUUUUUUUCCUGUUGGGAUGCGUUUAUUUCAAACCGCAAUAUCUCUCCAACCCAUCCACCAUCGGUUUAAAAAUACACAAGUGAGUAUUUAUUUAGUCAUUUUAUCGUAAAAAUUCUUAUAAUUCAGCUAAUAUGUUACAAAGAUUGGCUUGAUUUAUUGAACACAAAUUUGUUUUUCUAUGUCCAGUUUAGUAAUAGUACGAUUUUACGAUUAAUUCAUGAUUACUUUCCACUAUAUCCACUCCUAUUGGACAUUUUUCGGCAUACCACUGCUUCCCAACAUGCAAAUCUCAGCGAUUUCAAUUACCGAGGUAUCAGUCCCAGGUUUCAAAUCCAAAAUACCUUUAUAUUAUUUUCAUUUAAAAAUAAAAUACCUAUUAUAAAUUACAAUUGCUGAAAUUACAACUUUAGCACCCUGAUGGAUUUGCCACCUCUCCUGCGUCCCUUUAGCUACGCUUCUGUCCUAAGGGGAGGAAAAGUUGUAUAGUACUUACAAAAAUCAAUUUUUAUUGAAUUUUCGUAUACCAAGAGAGUAAAUGACCUUUCAUGCCCACCACCCCUUUUCAGGCGCCUCUAUUUACCAAUAUUAUACGUUCCGCUAUCAAAACCUGGCAAAUUGUGUUUGCAUAAAACCGACAAGUCGUGUGCUUUUUUUUGUAUUUAUAGUUCUGAAGAAAUUUGUUUAUGAAUGUAAUAUUAUUUAUUAACAUGUUUUAUUAAAGAACGAUGGGAAUCCCUGUGUGUGUUUGUGUCAUCGCAAAGUAUUAUAAUAUUUUGGUAUGAAAAGUAAGUGUUGAAAAAAAUACAUUUAGAAUAUCACUAUAAUUUUUUUUUUUUUUUUUGACAAUUUCAUAAAUAAUGAACGAUGAAAAGACUCGGACUAAUAUUAUUCGCAAUGACAUGUGCACGUACUACAUACGUAGACAUUUCGAUCCUAUAGGUUUAUUCGGUUAUAGUUACUUACCCAGUUUUUAUAGUUACUGGUUAAAUACUCGUUAGUGUAGAUACAUUUGUAUCAUUAAAAGUAUUAUAAAUUAAAAUAGCAUAUGAGUAGAUAAUUGCACAUUACGCUAAUGACGUACCUACGUUUAUAUAUAUAUUUUUUUGUCUUGAUUUUAUUGCGUGGUAUUGCUCAAGUCGAUUAAUUUGUUAAUUUUUCCAGUGCGGGUUAUUAUUAUUAUUAUUAUUGUCAAUGACUCAAAAGGUUCGAUAAUUUAUUUUUAAAUUGUUUUUUCAACGAAUAGUGUAGAAUAAGACAUUCGGCCAUCUGCUCGAUUUUUGUUUAUCUGUGAUCUAAAGUUUGAUCCUAACGAAUUGUUUGUUUCCAUUAACCUGAUGCCAUACGUUUGUUUAUGUUUGAUAUCAAAACUAGUGGUCAGUAGUGUCUAUCAUAUUUUAGAGCAUAUCGUUUGAAUUUCAGAGCUUCGAGACUAUCCAUUUAUUUAACACGGAAAUUUACGGAAUGUCUAACCACCGGUUUAUAAUUAACGAAUUAUAUCGUGUGUCGUCUUGUGGAAUAUAAUCUACACUAUGUCAUCUAAAAUAAUAUUAUAUUAUGAACAAAAUUGUAUGUAAAAUUUAAAAUGUUAACUCGAAUCUCAUCAUAUUGGCUAUUGUAUCGCGAUAAAUUCAAGACCAAACUCAGGAACAAAUAUCAUCGGGGUGGGAGGGUUAAACAAAUAUCAUAUUCAAUUUGUAUCGUUGUAAAUUAGUAAACAUGAGCAGUAAACUAGAUAGGAACGGGCCCCGGGGAAAUUAAAAAAAUUGGCUCUAUAUACUAAUACAAUCUUUAUAAAAAUUCGAAAUAUACCACGUAAAAACUUUUAAGUCUAAAUACUUACUAUGAAACCAUAAAUGAUAAUAUUAAACAGAUACCCUCCAGGAAAUCCAGUUUACUUUACAAUUUGUUAUACUAUACAAAUUAUAACUAUCCGUCCAGUAAAUACUGAUUGUGACUGAAGUUAUCACGUACGAUUUAAAACGUUCAUUAUUAAUUACAUAAAAAUUUGCAAUUAAUUUAAGGAAGUAAUUUCAGAAUUGUCCGGGGACUUCCGAGCUCUGGGGUCCCGGGGCACUGCCCCACUUUGCUCUAAGAUAGCAACGCCAUUGAGCAUAAUUGCCCUGUUUUAGAUUCUGAGCGCGUGGUGAGGAAGGUAUUGGAUUUUACUUUAUAAUGAUGAUGACGCUUGUGGUCUGUAAAAAAUAUCAUUUCUACCAGACCUCUAGCCCCGACCAUCAACUUUUGGGGUGGUUUCUGGUAGCAAAUUUAAUCCAGUUGGUACAUUUGGACGGUCAUUUUUUGAUAUUCCUGGUAAUUUUUUUAAUAAUUGGGAAAAACCAGGAAUAUUCACGCAAUAAUGAUUUCUUUUUUUUUUUUUCAAUUCUGAUUUUUAGUUUAUUUUAGUUGAUAAUUUAGUAAUGAGAUUUGUAACGACUGUAAUUUAUAUAUCCGAUUUUGUAACAGUAAUUUUGGUAGAUUAAUAUUGUUAUCCGAAUUUCGGUUUUUAUUUUUAUUUUUUUUAAUGUAUGUAAAUCGCAUAACCGUGACUCCCUACGGAUUUAUUUUUCUGUGGGUUUGUAAUGAUCAAAUGAUGAUUAUGUUAUUGAAAUUACCGACCGUGCUAACGAGGGCAUGGUAUCUACGUAAAUCAAGAAAUCAACUCAAAGAAAACAGCGUUGUUAUUGUAUUUUUUUUUUUUUUACGCGAGCCACAGAUUUAUCAGAUAAAAUCAUUGUUUAGCGUUACAUUGAAUUACAAUUUACAAAUGCAUUACAUAUUUUUUCGUGCGAUUCUGUUACUGUUACACUGUGCAGAACUAUUAUAAUUUUACAGACGUCUGUAUCAUAAUUGCAGGCUGAUUUUCGUGUAACCUCGCCCAAGAGAAACGCAAACGAACACGUUUCCUGUGUAAGUGAAUGGCCGAAACUCAAAAAUAGAAUAAUAUUCGGAUGUCUUGUCGGAAUUUCCGUCGAAUACGUAGAUUAGCGAAUGGGGUUUCCCGCGGCGGGCAUUACAACGGAAUUCGCACCGGUGCGGCUGAUGAUGUUGAUCCAUAUUGGUGUGACGGUCGUGGUCGAUAGUCCCGGUGUGUCGCCCGAGUGGGGUUUGUGGUGCAUGCCGGUGGUUCGGGCCGAUAUCAAUAUUACAAUGUCCCAACUACCUGUUAUAUAUUCCGAUAUAUAUGUAUAAUAAUAAUACUGUCCCGUAAUAUUAAACCGUUGCAUCUCGCCACCGAGACCGUGUCCGGCGGACAACUCCUCGUCGGCCCGGUGCACCGUGCGCGUCGGGACGGUUUCAUGGACGUGCACUUGAUCUUGACGCAAGGGGCCAUCGAUAAAAACACGACUUUGGCGGUGGGGGCUGCUGUUGGCCUCUCCUGUGCACACUGCCGCCGUGACGUCACCAUUGCCCGAUCAGCUGGAUACCCCCGGCAGCAGACGCCACGUGGUUCCGUCGUCGUUGUCGUCAAGCAUCUCCGCGAAUCGCGCACACACGCACAACGACAUUAUUAUUAUUGUUGCGCUGCACUCUCGUGUGGGGGGAGGAGUAUGGGGGGGCGCGCACACUUACGCACAAACACACGUGCGGCGCGUCCGCGUUUCCUUUUUAAAUUUUUCCCGGUUUUUCCCUCACGCGUCGAGUUGACCUCCGGUCUCGUCGUUGGACGCGUAUUGCGCGGUAAUAUUGCGUCGCGUUGACAACCGAACGCUUUACACGCUUUUGUGGUGUCCACUUUCGGGAAUCCAGCCCUCGUUUUCACUGGGUUUUUUUAUUUCCCCUCCUUUGUCGAGUUUUACCGCGAUCAGCGCUUUCAGAACCGGUUCCUACCGCGCAGUCAAUAUAUCAGCACACUGUCAGUCGUUGGCAUUUUCAAAUUUCUACUAAAAAUGGUCUUUUCGAAACGUUCAAAUUGUGAUCGUUGAAAGUUAAAAGUUCACGAGGUUUUGUUUUUAUUACAGACAUAUAUCUACGUUGUAUUUUGUUAAAUUAGUAGGGAUACCCAAUCUAUUUUAUUAGGUGUAUCAUAGCAAUGAAUAUUUAACGUUCAGCACACUCAACUAAAAAUUUUUUUUUUAGACCUAUUCUUAUGUAACUUAUCCGAGCCUUUUGAUUUUUAAAUGGAUUUUAUUUAUGAAACACCACAGUACCGUCGAUCUAAUAUAAUAAUAAUUAUAGUAUAAAUUAUUGAUUUGGUUUAUUUAAUUAUUUUAUCUGUCAAAACGAACAUUAUGUAAUAUUUCUAAAAUACGACUGUUUCUUGUAAUAGACUGCAAUGGUUGGUUUUUGUGUCGGGAGAUUUAUAUAUAUAUAUAUAUAAAUCGUUUGUUAAUAUUUUUAACGUAGAAUUAUUGGUUAACACAUCAUUAAUUGUCAAUUAAAGUUAAAUAAUAAUCUUACGUUAACAUAUUAUUUUUCCAGGUCAACCAAAGAAAUGACUGGAAGAAUCUAUUAGAAAAUUUUGAUCUGAUUUCAUCCUGUGUUAAUGCUGAAGUUGCAUUAAAACAAAUAUACCUAAGGUAAAGUUCAGUUUAAGUUAAAUUAAUUUUACAUUACAUUUUAGUACUUUCAUGGGAAAAAAAAAAACAAAUUCAUUAUAAAUAGUAUAAUUAUAAUUUUAUCCUUCUUUUGUUAUUUUCAUUAGGUACUUGGAUCGUUAUGAAAAAAUUAACUUUUUGGGUGAAACUGGAUCAAUUGCUGGUGACGACGAUGAAGACAGUAGACAUAGAAAAUGGUCUGCUAGAGCAUUACAUUCUGUUCCUUUAGUUUAUAACCAUCACCAACACACUGUUAAUGGUAGUUUCAUAUUUUUUUCUGCAUUAUAGUAUUAUGUUUAAACUAUUUUUUAUGUAUAUAUAUUUAGAACCAGUAAGAGCAUUUCAUGGUUUAUCAACAAAUCUGUAUAAAGCAAGUGAUUAUGAUAAAUUGUCUUUAUCCUUGUUAUCACCUUUACCUAACGAACAAGACCUGGCUAUUAAUGUUUGCAUACUGUUAUCAAAUGAAAACAAGCAUGCAAUCAAAUUAUCCAAGUGUCCACAAAUUCUCCACCAUCUUUUGGCUCACGCUGGAGUAUUUACUCACCGUAAGAAUAAUUUAUAAUUUAUAAUAAUUAUAAUAUAGAUUAUUGAUAUUUUUUCAUGUUCAUGUUUAAUUAAAAUAUAUUUUAGCUGCUUCUCGUAAGUAUUGGGAUGACUACUAUAGAAAAGUUCGUAAAUGGUCAAUAAAAUCAUUUUGGAAAGAAGUUCUGGAUGAACAAGAACUUAUGUACUUGACUGAUGAAAAUCGGUUUUGUGCUCGAACACCUAAAACUCUACCACGAAAAGAUGACGAGUCAAGCUCAUGUAGCGAUGACGAUGAUGAUUUUAAAAAUAAUAAAGUCAAAUUAAACUUUGAUCCAUCUGAUGAUGAAUUAUUUGGCCUUAAAAGGCCCCUGGGUACUGAUGAUCCUUAUGGACAACGAGUUUAUCAAGUGGCAUUGAUCCUUAGAAAUUUGACCUUUUUUGAAGAAAAUAUGAAAGUUAUGGGUCAAGACUUGACAUUUCUAAGAUUUGUAUUAUUGUGCUGUGCUACAAGAUGGAACUGUUUGCAUCAAAUUGGGUUUGAAAUGUUAGGUAACAUCGGACCAGUAGUACCAUUAGAUGUAGGUUCCUUACAGCAUGCCACAUUAAAUAUUGUUUGUAAAAAUAUUACUGAAUCCAAUGAUCGUUCCAUCAUAUUAAGUGCGGUCGAGGCUUUGAAUAGAAUGGGCAGUAAAGAAUCAAAUGAAGAAUUUUUAUUGAAAAAUAUUAAUCAAAAGGUAAAGGGAAAAUAACAUUUUUUUUUUUUAAAAAAAAAAAAAAAAAAAAUUAUUAACAAUUUUGCUUUCCUUUCUGUAGGUAUACGAUAAAAUUUGUAACAUGUUAUCUUUGCACGAUAUUAUGUUACUAAUACAAACACUGGAAUGUCUGUAUUCAUUAAGUUCACUUGGCGAGCGUGCAUGUAAUGCAAUUGUUCAUGUACAUGGCGUUAUUGAUACUCUGGUGUCUUUAAUUACUGUUGAGGUAAUUUUGUUCAAUUCCAUUUUAUAAUGAGCAUAAAUUAUUUAUUCACAUUUAUAUUCUAAUUUAUAUUAUUUUGUAUACACAUAUAGGCACAAACGUAUGGUCCCAAAGCAUGUAUAUUGAUGAGAGUUAUUGAAACUGUUACAACUCCUUCGACUACAACGUUUACACCAGAACCUACGCCGAAAACACAUUUGAUGGCAGCCCCUAGUGUUCCUCCACCUACCAAUGUCUCUCAGAAUCUUAUUUCAACUUUCACAUCACAGAAUGUACUCCCUCUACCCACACCGGCUGUUGCUAACCCUGUUAUAUUACCUAACGCUCCGACUGCUGUACCAGUUAUGUCUACGACUUUAAAUACGUUUACAACUGUGACACCAACUGUCCCACCUCUUGUGCAAACUGUUGCUACCCCUAAAAUAAUUGUUCCAGGUAUAUUUUGUAGCUAUAUUUAACUUCAAACAAAUUUUUUUUAAUUAUUUACUUAUUUAGCUACUAUGACUGUUACAACAAAUUCAACUUUGGUAUCUUCAAACCAAGUCUCUACUGCACCAAGUGUUGUUCCUCAACCAGCCAAUGAGAGACAAGAGAAUGAACAAUUUGCUCUAAACUGGAUACGUGCUACACUUGAAGUGUGUCCAACCCCCGGACGGGGAAUUGAUCAAGCUGAAUUAUACAAAUUAUAUAUGACUGCUUGUGCAAGAGCCGGGAGAAGAGGAGUUAUUGCUCCACUUCAUUUCCCACGCUGUGUCAAGUAAAUUAUAAUUGCCUAAAUUUUUUUAAAGAAUAUUUAUCUAAUCCUUUUAAAAUGUAGAGCUUUAUUUGGACCCGGUGUUGGACCAAAAACUGUGAAGCUCGCACAAAGUCAUGGUGGAAUAGCUAUGGAUCCACCCACUCAAAUUAUUGCGUACGAAGGAAUUCAGGUUCGAUCAAAACCAUUGCCAUUCCCGAUCAGUGCACCAAUGGUUGUGUCACAAUCUACAUCUGUAACAGCCUCAUCCAUUCCUACCUCACCCAUCCUUAAAGCACAACUGAGUGCACCAGCUACUAACGCCCAACAGAGUUCUCCUUUAAUUAAACGUGAAAUCCUCGGAAAGGUAAUCAUUUAAUUUAAUUUGUUUAUUAUUUAUAACUUUAUUAAUAUAAAUUUAUGUGUACAUUUAUUUAUUUUACACAUUUGCAAAACUAUAUUAUAAUUAUAAAACAUCUUUUACGUAUUUAAGAAUAUUAAAAAUAAUUAAAUAAAUUAUCUUUUCCAUAGUAGGGGCAUUGUAAAUUAUUGACUAUUGACAGAAAAAAAAGCUCAAGCUUACUAGAAUCAUUUUCUUAAUAACUUUCAAUAGAAUUCAGAGUUUCUAAGAAAAGAAAUAUCAAAUUUAUUUAUUGUAUGAAAAUUGAAUACAAUUAAUCAAAUUUUUAUUUAUGCACCACUAUUGAAAGUAUGUAUAUAACCAGGGUUUGGGACUACUAGCGUUUACAUACUUAUGUAUUUAUUUUUAAAUAUAACAGUGUGCAAAAUAAUUUAAUAUUUCAAUGCCAAUAUGAUAUCAAAACUGAAAUUUGAAUGUGCAUAUUUUUCAUAAAAUAUUUGUUAUUUGAAUGUAUAUUUUAGCAUUUACUAUCAUAGUUUGAUAUCCUGAAACCCUGUUUAUAAUAAGUCAUACAAAUAAUAUUUAUAUUAAUAAUUAUUAAUGAUACAAAGUAGUUUUUUAACCUACAACAACUAUUUGAUUAGAAAUUUUAAUAUUUGUUUAAAAUAUUUUGAAAAAUUUAAUAAUACAUUCUUGUUGCUAUUUUUCUAGACCAUACAAUGUCCUGUAUCAUCUACUAAUGUUUCAACCGAGACAUCUGUUAUCACUACUGUUGCAUCUGCUGCUAUAUCUCAAUCUGAAGGAACAAUAUUAUCUAAUAGCAAUACAUCUUUAAUUAAAACAUUAUUAGCUACCAAGGUAUGCGAUCCAAAAUUGAAUGUGCCUUCUUCUGCGACCAUUAAACUUAGUAAUAACGAGUCUUGCACAUUAUAUGCUUCUUCUCAAAAUUGCAAUUCGACAGUGAUUACUGAGGUAAGUGUUCAAUAAUACGAACCAGUUAAAAGAACAUAUUAAAAAUAAUGAUUCCCGUGCUAAAUCAUAAAAGAUUACGGGAAAAUUUAAAUUUGAAUUUCUUGGGUAUAGUGCUUUUCUUUAAAUGUUGGAUAUAGAUGUUUAAUGAAAUAAUAUCAUUCUGUGAACUGAAGGUGGAAGUAAGGUUUGUAGGCAUGGAUGAACUAAUUAUAUGAAAUUAAUGCCUCGUUUUACAACUAAAUUUGUUUAUACAAGUAGAUAAUAAAUAACAAUGUAUAAUUAAUUAGUUCAAAUAAUAUUCAUUGACUAACAUAGAUAAAAUAAUAUUGAUUAUUGAGCUUCUCUUUUUUUAUUUUAUAUUACUAUUUUUAACAAUAACAAUUUUUACAUCUUUAAACAAGUUCUUAAAUUAGUAGUGUUUUUGUUGUAUUGAAUUCCUUUUUUUACUAACAUAUUUCAUAUUAUAAACAUGAUAUAGAAUGUUUAAUAUUUCUAAUUAAAUAUUAUCAACAGGUACUAUGUAUAAUUUUUAUCACUGAUUUCUAUAUCUUUUUAUUUUAUAUUCAAAGAAAUGGAUACUUUUUUUUUAUAUACAUUCUUAAAUUCCCUAUUUUUUUCUUACUGUAUUUUUCAUAAAUAAUUAUUUCUCAUACAAACUUAUAGAAAGAUAUUAAUCAUCUUCAUUUCAUUAUUUAAAAAUGUUAAAUUUUGGUGAAUAGGUAACACAACGUCAGCAACAACAAAAAAUAUUACAACAACAAAAUAAUUCUACUUCAUUGGUUUCUACAUCAUCCAUAAUAAUACCUAAACAAGUUGGGAGAAUCAAUGGUGUUAGAACUACAUCUGCAGAUGUAAGUUAACAUUUAUUUCUCUGUGAAUAAUAAUAAUUUUCGUUUUUAUUAUUUUAUUUUUAGGAGGUAUGCAAAAAUGAUAAUAUCACUGUGAUAAAAUCCGAACUGCAGCCAUCUGUAAUAACAACGAUUUCUGCAUCAAAUAAUAAAAUUCUUGUCAAUAGCUUGAAUAAACUAAAUGACAAAGGUAUAUGAAUAAAUUAUUUUAUCUUUAAUAAUACAUAUUUGUAUAUUCAUUUUUGUUUUCUAGUAGAUCAAAAUGAAGUAGAGCCGAAAAAAGCAAAUCUUUUAAAUGGAACUCCAGAAGUAUCUGAAAUGAAUGAUGUAACCUCUAAAAGUGUUAUGUUAUCGGGGUUGCUAGAUAAAGAAAUUGAGAAAAAAGAUACACCAUUUUUAUUUGAAUCAAUACAAGUUGGGGAUAAUGGACUUGAAUUAAAUGGAUCGUGUAUUGAAUCUAAAGACAAAUUGACGACAGGUACUUGUAUUAAAAUUAAACAAGAAUCUGAAGAAAGCAAGCUUGGACAGCAAUUAGUCAAAGUAAUUGUGGGAGGAAAACGAACAUCUGAAGAAGAUAUUCCUUGUGAUCAAGCCCCUAAAAAACCACAUCUUAAUGGUAACAGUAGUAGUAAUGACGAGGAAAAUAUGGAGGUUGAUGAAAGUAAUAUGAAAGCUUCUUCAACUGCCGCUAAUCUAUAUGCUGCUUUAGCAGCUGAUGUGUUAGAGGAUAUUGAUGGUUUAGAAGAAGAAUCACCAAAAACUCCUGCUGUUCCUCAACAAAUUCAAGUUACUACUCAACCCACAACUCAGCAAAUAUUCCAAACUCCUGGUCAGAUUAUUGUUUCGUCUUCUAAUACCCAAUGGGCAUCAAAUAAUCAAAGAGGAAUUGUAACAAUGGUUCAUCAAGGUGGUUCUGGUGGGCCACAAUAUGUUUUAGCACAACCUCAGUCAGCUUUAGUACAAGGUCAAGCUCAAACUGUGCUCGUAGCCCAGACUACACCCCAAGGAUCAGGAGCCAAAACAAUUAUAAUUCUGCAGCAGCCUGCUAAUAACAAUCAAACUUCAAACACCAUGACUUUGAGUCAGACAAACUUUGUUCAAUCCUCAUCUCCAGCCAAUCAAUCUAAAGUGAUUGUACAGAGGAUUCCAACACCUCCAACUAUUAAACAACCUAAUACUGUGGUUUCUAGACCUGUAACACCUGCUGCUGUUGUGACAUCAAAUGCUAAUAAACAGCAAGUGAAAGUCAUUAAAACUGUACCUCAUGUUGUAUCUGCAUCCAUGCCUACACCGUCCAUUCAAACUAGGAUACGCACUACAACUCCAAUGAAAGUUACUGGAGAAUUAAACCAUAUUCAAGGUCAAUUUUUAUGUGAAUGGAGAGGGUGCAUGCGUAACUUCAAAUCUGCCAAUGAGGUUUACAUGCACGCUUGUGAAUCUCAUUGUCCUUCAAACGGAGUUCAAGAAAUGCAGUGUUUAUGGGAACGGUGUGACGCUAUGAAACGCAAGCGAUUUUCAUUAAUGACCCACUUGUUUGACAGACAUUGUAAUCCUGAUGUAAGUGUAUCACUAUUAUUUUUAAAUGAUAAUCUUAUAAUUUCUAAAAAACAUAAAAUAAAUUAUGUUUUUUGAAGGUAUUGAGAAUGAUGGCAGUUCGAAGGAGGCAGCUUUCUCAGAGUGGUCGUAGUGAAAUACCACCCCCAGCACCUCCUGCACCUCAUCCUGGUUAUGCACCUAAUGCUGCAUUUAAUGCCAUCAAAAGACAUGCAUUAGAAUUUGUUAAUCCCAAAGAAUUACAGGUAAAAUAAUCCAUAAAUUAUUAUUUUUUCAAACUGACAUAAUUUAGAAAAAAAAAAAAUACAAAUUUAAAUAAAUGCCAAUAGUUAGGUGCUAUGAAAGUUAUACAAAUGGGGAAAAUCAUUUUUUUAAUGUAUACUUAAUAAAUAAAAAAGAUUAUAGGAAAUUAAUAUACUAAUGUACUUUAUGUAUUCUUGAAACAUAGCAAAGACUAGUGAGUGCAGCUGGCAAUCAUCAAUCGACUGGCAAUGUCGAUCAGGUAAAUAAAUUGUUUUGAAUGUGUGUUUUCAGAUUUUGGUUGUAUGAUAGUAAUAGUAAAUUAUUACUAUUAAUUUAUAUUGAUAUUGCAUGUUUCAAGAGUGUUAAUUAUUUAGUGCUAUUGAUCCUAUAGUUUAUCUAAUAGUUUAUGCUUGUGAAGUUAAUUAUUAAAAGUUCUUUUAAUAUUAUUAAAUAUAAAAUGUUAUUAUUAUUAUUUUUAAACUAGUUGUUACAUUUUAUCUUCAAUCCAACUGUAUUUAAUAUCAGAUGAAUAAUUUAUGACUUGUAUUUUGAUUUUUAAUAAUAUAAUACAUACUGCUCAAAAUGUUACUUAUAUGUUAUUUUCAUUUAAAAUUUACACUGAAGUAAUUAUAACAUAAUUAUUAUUUUUUUCAGUUUUCCUUUCAUAAAGCUACUGUUAUACUAUUAACAUUUUGAUUUCAGUUCAAUAGGGGACUAAUCCCAUUCUAUACGAUUCCACAAUUCUUUACUUUCAUUGUUGAUUUUAAAAAUAUGUAUAAUUUAGUGACUAUUUUGUGUUUUGGAUAGUGCUGAAACAAUCCAAGCAGGGCUCUCUAAUAGCUAAUGCUUGUAUUCGGGUUGAGUGAGUUAAUUACUAAGAGUUAAAAUAAAUUAGCACAGUUUAUCAAAAACCAUAUAAAAAGUGUGUUAUAACUAAAAUUAUUAUUAUUAUUGCUUUAUGCUGCAUUUCUUAUACUUAACAUAACUUAAAAAAAAAUAUGCGAAAGUAUAGUGCUUCGUAUAAAAUAUAUUAUGUAUAUUCUUUAUUAUAUAUGUAUAUAUUAUUAUUAUACAAGUAUAAUCUUGGUGGUCUAAAAUUAUUGUCAGACAAUUACUUCCAUAUUUAAAUAUAAGUCAGCCGUAUCUAAAAUGCAUGCUUGGUAUUUAUUUUGUGGGAUUAAAAUAACUAUUAAAAAAAAUUAUAAAUUUUUUACAUGCUCAUAUCAUUUUUAUAGUAUUAAAAUUUGUUUCAAGGUUAUUUAUACGAAUGACAAAAAAUAUAAAUAAUAUUAUACUCGUUAAGUUUAAACUAAUAUGUUAUUAUAAGGUAAGAACUCAAAUAAAUAAAAAUUUAAAAAAAAAGCCUCACAAAAAAAAUAUAUUAAUUCAAACAAAAAUACAUAUAUUAUACGUAAUUAAAUUGUUAUUACUAUUAUUAAUGUAAGUAAUAUUUUAUGUUAAGGUAAAUUUUGAAUAUAUUUUCUAUUUUUAAUACUUUAUAAGAGGGGCAAGGUGUUUGAUAAAUAUUUUUUGGGAUGUUGGUAUUCCAUACUUUUUGUAUCAAACUGUUGUGGUCAUAGUUUAUAAUCUAUUUAAUUUUAUGUACCUACCUUUAUUUGAAUAAGUAUAUCUUAUGGUGAAAUUUUUUUAAGAUUUAUUUAAAUUCUUACAUUUAUAGUUAAUUACUAUAAAAAUAAUAUGAGCAUCUAAAAGAAUGUAUAACCUUUUUAUAAAUGUACUUUAAUAAUUUAUAUCUUAAAUCAAUUUUUCUCUAUAGUUAUUUUAAUCAUACAAAAUAAAUACCACAAGUCUCUUUAAGAUGUAAAUCAUGACUAAUAUUUAAACACUGAAGCAAUUGUCUGACUACAAAUUUUAGAAACUAGUGUAAAUGUACAUUAACUAGUAAACUAGUCAUGUAUUUCAAAAUAAUUUCUAGACUAUACUUUACUCAUAUUAAUUUUCGAGUUAUUGCCGAGAAAUGAGUAUAAUAUUAUUUAAUCUUUAUACACCAUUAUAAAUGGCCAGUCAUUUUCUGUUGAUAUUAAAUAUUAUAAGAUUGAAAAACUUGAUUAGAUUUAAAAUAGCAAACAUUCAAACAAGACUAUAAUACUCUUACCAAAUGUUUACAUUAGGCCUUAAUAGGUUAAUGUUGUUUCUCAAAUAUGGAAAAUAUGUUGCUUUGUCCUUUAUUGAACUGAAGGUUUUAAAUAGGGUUACAUGUUUUUAAACUGUUAUAAUUACUACUUUGAUAAUAAUUAAAUAAUAUUUACAUGUAUUCUAGAAAACAAAGAUUUAAAUCUCUGUCAGGAGAAGAAUAAUGAUAUUUUCAUAAUGAUUGUAUUGACAGUUUAAUAGUGAUAAUGAUAACAUUACUUAAAUAUAUUUAGAGGGUGGACUAAUUUGGAUAGUAAACACAUUAAUAUUUUAUAGUUCUUUUCAAAAAUGAGAAGCUUUUCCUAAAUCCUUGAAUUUAUUUACACACACAUACACACAAACACACACAAACUUGUAUAUAUAUACAGGUUGUCCCACAAAGAUAUACUCAUUGUAUUAUCUCCUAAGAAAAUAAAGAUAAUCAUUAAUCAUAUUUUGAUUUUUCAUUCAAUUUUUGUUUUCAUAAAAAAUAAAAAUAAAUUUUAUUAUUUUAAAAAAUACAGAAAAAUGUACCUAUGCAAGAGGAUGCAAUCACAUUCGCUAAUUGAUUAUUAUUGUAGCUAAUUGAUUGUACACUCAAGGAACUUUAAAAAAUCUAAUGAAAAUAAAUAUAAAACUUAAAACAAUUUCAGAAGAAUAAACUCAAUAUUAGGUUAUCUUAAAAUUUUUCAAAUAUUUAUAAGGAAAAGUUAUUUUUUUAAAUUUUUUAUUAAAAUAUACAAAAUUAAUUGAAAUAUAAAUAUUUGCAGUCUUUAUCCUUGCGAGUAGCAGAAUUUAAUUAUCUUUAUUAUCUUUGGAGAUAUUACAAUAGUAUAUCUUUAUAGAACACUGUGUAUAUUUAUACAAAACUGCACAUAAGUAUUUAGAUAAAGUAUAUAAAUAUCUCUUUAAAUAAAGUAUUCUGAUUUUUUGGUGAAAAGUAAAUACACUUAUUUUUGUAAUUUGUUUUGCUUAUUAUUUUGUCAUCAGCUGUAACAAUUUAUCUUUUUUCAUAUAUUUUAUUUAUAAAGUUGUAUAAUUAAAUAUUUACUAUAUAAUAAUGUUUUUAUAUAUACAAUUAUAAAUUUAAAUAUUAAAAAAUAUCGAUGAAUAAUUAUUUCAGAUUCGGAUCGUAGCGAGGGAUCUAUUGUUUAUUGGUUUUAUUAUGAUGUGUUUUUUUUUUUUGUUUUUCUGUUUGUACAAUUUUUCUACCAGGAAUGAUGUAAUGCUCGUAGUAUCUUUUCUAAAAGGUAAUUUUUUCUAAUUGGUGUAUUGAGGAGGUAAUUUUUUUAAUUUUCAAGAGGUUUUUAAAGUAAUUAAAAUACAUAAAAAAUAAAAUUAUAGGAAAUACCAGAAAUAUUGCUCCAAUCAAAAAAUGACAAUCAGAUUGAUUUUUUUCCUUUUAAUAUAGAGCUACCAACAGAAGAAACUAUUUUUAUAAUAAUUGGGGAAAAGACAAAAAAAUACAAUUUUUUUCACGUUACUACGUAAUCAUUUCAUUAUUUUAAAUUUGUAUAGCAUUUGUACAUGUUUUAUAUCAUAAAUAAAGCUCACUUGAAUUUUAAUCUACUCCGUAAAUAAUUAAUUUUUUUGUAAAAGGUUUAAAACAUUUAAGGUACUUUUGAGCUAUUUAUAGCCAUUUUAAUUUUAAGUUUUUAUAUAUUUUUAUUUGGUAAGUACUAUGUUGAUAAAAUUGUUAGACUAAAUAAAUAUACUUGAAAAUUUCACAAGAGGUUAAUUAUAAGUCAUAUUUAGGGUCAAAAAUUGCAAUGUAGUUUUUUUUUUUUUUUAUAAGAGUUAAUAUAAAAUUUUGAAAAAAAUAGUAUAUAGUAUGGUCUUUCAAAACAUGUAUAACCGAACUUCGUUCCGAAUCGUUUUUUGUUAGCAAUGGUUUAGUUUUAGAUAUAAAUUAAAUACUUAUGUAUUUCACCUUUUCAACUACCCACUUAUAACAGUGGCCGCACCCAUCCCUAGUAUCAGCUCGUUUGUUUUGUUUGAUUUAUUUAUUGAGUUUUUAGAUAGUUAGCAACAGUAAUAUUUUGUAAUGGUUUUUAUAAUUUAUAAAAAUAUAUGACAGUAGCUAACCUUAAAUUAUAAGGUACUUACUUAUUUUACAUGAAGUAUCAGUAUUUAAAACCUAUUUAUAUUUUGUAAUAUUCCUUUAUAAACCAUAGCAUCUAGUUAAAUGUUGUUAAAAUCCUAAUUUUGGUUAUUUUUUUUACAUUUCAUUAUUGUAUAGGAUGACAAUGAAGGUCCAGUGACCAAGAGCAUACGUCUUACAUCUGCACUGAUUUUACGGAACCUAGUCAUUUAUUCUUCAACUGGAAGAUGGUAAGUAGCAAAAUAUUGAUCUUGAAUUUUACAUAUUAACUAAAUUAUAUUAAUUUUAGGCAUCUGAAACGCUAUGAAGCGCACCUAUCAAACAUUGCACUGAGUAAUGUCGAAUCCUCAAGAACAAUUUCACAGCUUUUAUUUGAUUUGUGCCAUUCCAGCUGA